AUGCGAUGUUUUAUUACUGUCCUAUUUCAGAAUUUGUGGCAAGAGUCAAGUUUUAUUCAUAAAAUUGUUAAAGAGAUUGGGAAAAAAUUGAAUCGCACGAUCUUGAGUGUUGGUCCAUCCCCAAUUGGAAUCGAUUCUCGUGUAAAAGACAUUAAUUCGUGGAUACAAUAUGAAUCGAAGGAUGUUGGCAUAGCUGCAAUCUGUGGUAUGGGGGGAAUCGGGAAGACAACCAUCGCCAAAACUGCGUAUAACCUUAACUUCGACAAAUUUGAAGGUAGCAGCUUCAUUGCAGAUAUUAGAGAAAUAUCAGAACAACCCAAUGGAUUGGUUCGCUUACAAAAACGACUUCUUUCAGAUAUUGUAAAGGGAAGAAAAGUAAAAAUUAGUAGUGUUGAUGAAGGAAUCAUUAAGAUUAGAGAUGCUAUAUGCUGUAAAAGAGUUCUGGUUGUUUUUGAUGAUGUGGAUCAAUUGAACCAAUUAAAUGCAAUACUCAUUAUGCGAGAUUGGUUUUGUCUAGGAAGUAAAAUUAUCAUAACAACCAAACAUGAGCAAUUGCUGAAGGCACAUGAACUUGAUAAGAUUUACAAAGUUAAGGAAUUAAACGAUGAUGAAUCGUUUCAACUCUUCUGUUGGCAUGCCUUUGGACCAGAUAAUCCAAUUGAAGCUUACUCUGAGAAGUCAAAAAUGGUCGUAAAGUACUGCGGAGGGCUUCCUUUAGCUCUUCAAACGUUGGGUUCUUCUCUGUCUGGUAGACCUGUAGAUGUGUGGGAAAGUACAUUAAAGAAAUUGGCAGCUAUUCCUAACACUCAGAUCCUAAAGAAACUUAAAAUAAGCUUUGAUUCUCUACAAGAUGAUCAUGACAUAAAUUUAUUUCUUGACAUUGCUUGUUUCUUUGUUAGAAAGGAUAAAGAUUUCACAAUUACAACACUAGAUGAGUGUGAUUUCUACACAAAAGCUGGGAUACACAAUCUCAUCGAUAGAUGUCUCAUAACUAUCGAUGACAACAAGAAGCUGGCAAUGCAUCAGUUGCUUUGGGAAAUGGGGAGAGAAAUCAUACACCAAGAAUCACCCAAGGAACCUGGGAAACGCAGCAGAUUAUGGCAUCACAAGAAUGCCUUUAGUGUAUUAAAUGAAAAAACUGGAACAGAUUCCAUUGAAGGCCUCAUCCUUAACUUGAAUGUGUCUGAGGAAGAUAGGUCCACUGAGGAAUUCUUUGGUUUAGAUAAUGGAAAAAGACACUAUUCGGAAGAUUUUCUUGACAAAUCAGCAUUAUUAUUGGAGAACAAUUCAUUGAAGCGGCGUCGUCUAGGGUUCUUAUCUUGGCUCCCCAUAAUUUCCGCCUCAACAAGAUCGCAUUCCACAUCAGAUGAAGUAGAUUUGCAAACUGAUGCAUUUUCAAUGAUGCACAGAUUAAGACUACUCGAGCUCAAUAAUACAAGGCGCACAGGAGGCUAUGAAGAAUUGCCUAGGAAGUUAAGAUGGUUGGGUUGGCGUGGGUUCCCUUUAGAAUCUAUACCCAGUAGCUUUCACCUGGAGAGUCUUGUUGCCCUUGACAUGCACAAUAGUAGCUUGAAACAUGUUUGGAAUGGAAACAAGUUGCUUAGAUCGCUGAAAAUCCUCAAUCUCAGUCAUUCCCGUAGUCUUACCAAUACGCCUGACUUCUCACAAGCCCCCAAUCUUGAAAGGUUGAUUCUUAAAAAUUACAUAAAUUUGAUUGAGAUACAUGGAUCAAUUGGGGAUUUAGGGAGACUAGUUCUGUUGAAUCUAAAAGGUUGCAAAAAUCUUCGGAAGCUUCCAUCGAAAAUUGGCGGGCUAAAAUGA